CUCCCCCCACUCUGCUCCCCCCACUCUGCUCCCCCCACUCUGCUCCCCCCCACUCUGCUCCCCCCACUCUGCUCCCCCCACUCAGCUCCCCCCACUCUGCUCCCCCUACUCUGCUCCCCCCUACCACACUGUCCCCUUCACAGCUUCCCCCCACUCUGCUCCCCCUACCACACUGUCCCCUUCACAGCUCCCCCCCACUCAGCUCCCCCCACUCUGCUCCCCCCACUCUGCUCCCCCACUCUGCUCCCCCCACUCUGCUCCCCCACUCUGCUCCCCCACUCUGCUCCCCCACUCUAGUCCCCCCACUCUGCUCCCCCUACCACACUGUCCCCUUCACAGCUUCCCCCCACUCUGCUCCCCCCUACCACACUGUCCCCUUCACAGCUCCCCCCACUCUGCUCCCCCACUCAGCUCCCCCCACUCUGCUCCCCCCACUCUGCUCCCCCCACUCAGCUCCCCCCCACUCUGCUCCCCCCACUCUAGUCCCCCCACUCUGCUCCCCCCUACCACACUGUCCCUUUCACAGCUCCCCCCACUCUGCUCCCCCACUCAGCUCCCCCACUCUGCUCCCCCCACUCUGCUCCCCCCACUCUAGUCCCCCCACUCUGCUCCCCCCUACCACACUGUUCCCUUCACAGCUUCCCCCCACUCUGCUCCCCCCCUACCACACUGUCCCCUUCACAGCUCCCCCACUCUAG